CGCCGUCGCUGAGCAGCCUCCUGGUCCUCAGCAGCGCCCGGAUGGGCUCCAUGAAGACGCGGUUCGAGGGCCUCUGCCUGUUGUCGCUGCUGGUGACCGAGAGCGGCUCGGAGACCUUCGCGGAGAACUGCCUGCUGUGGCUGCGGAGUCUGCAGCACCUGCUCCAGUCCCAGGAUCCCCCUGGCACCAUGGAGCUGGCCGUGCUGGUGCUGCGUGACCUCCUGAGCUACUCUGCCCAGCUGCCGGAACUGGCCCGGGACAUCGCCACCAACCACAUCCCCGGACUGCUCACCUCUUUGCUGGCCCUCAAACCGGAGUGCCAGCUCCCUGUCCUGGAAGGAUGCCAGGCGUGCAUGACGUUUUACCCCCGAGCCUGUGGCUCCUUGCGGGGCAAAUUGGCCACCUACUUCCUGUCUUGCAUGGAUGCGGAGACGCCUCACCUGCAGCAGCUGGCCUGCGAGUGCUACGCGCUCCUGCCUUCUCUGGGAGCAGGUUUCGCACAGGGGCUCAAGUACCGCGAGUCCUGGGAGCAGCAAGCGCAUUCUCUGGUGGCCACGCUGCACCGCCUCCUGGGCAUGCUCUACGAGGGGGCCGAGACGGAACCGCUGCACUACGAUGGGCCGGGAGAGGAAGUGCUGCUGCCGCCGCUGCGGGACGAAGAGACCGACUCCCUCCUCCUCCUCCUGGCAAAACGCCGGUUUGCGGGUUUGGCCAAAUGCCUCUGCCGGAUGCUCAGGAACGAUUUUGGGGCACCUGUCGCGGUCCCCGCCCAGGCCAUCCUGGACCUCGUCUGCCGAGCCCUCGACGUCUCUGUGAAGAACAUGAGCUGGUUUGGCGAUGGACCCCUCCGGAUGCUGCUGCUCCCCUCAAUCCACCUGGAGGCCCUGGACCUCCUGGCCGCCCUCAUCGUGGCUUGCGGUCCUCGCUUGGUGCGGUUUGGGGGAAUCCUCUGCCGCCUCUUUCCCCAGGUGCUGAACGUGUGGCGGGCUGGCCAGGAUCUACCCUCCCCCGGGCUGCAGCGACCUUACAGUGCGGUUCGGGCUCGGCUGUACCAGGUCCUGGAUCUGUGGGUACAAGUGGCCGGAGCAGCCUCUGGGGUCCUGCUGGGGCACAGCAGCCAAAGCGAUGCCCUGCUGGGACACCUGAUCAACGACAUCAGCCCCCCCAGUGACACCCUGAAG